CGUGUGUCGCUGGGGGGAGUCGCAGCAGUGAGAGGCGCAGGAGGAGGAGGAGGAGAGGGGAAGAAGCCGCGGCCGCCGUCGCCGAAGAGGAAAAAAAGGCCUCCCCCCCCCCCUCCACCACCUUCGUUUGAAACAUCGCGGCGCAACAAUCGCAGCAGCAGCAACAACAACAGCAACAACAAAAGAGACGAUUGUCGCCGUCGUUAUAUCGCAAAGGGCCCGCGCGUCCUCCCCGAGUAAUGUUUUUUUGAGGGGAUGAUGGGCUCGGUCAAUCCCCAGAUGGGGAUGAUUUGAACUCGACAACCUUCCGAAUUGCCACUGGUGGGUUCUUGCCUUGGUCAUUCUGGAGAAUAUUCAUAGAAUAUACAGGACCUUCAAUCGACUGAAUUUACGUGAAGACCUUGAUGGGCAAAGCGAUAGUUCCAUAACAGUUGCGGAGGUGUCCUGCGGCUGUGCGUCCUUCCACUGUACUCACAACAUGCCCGUCAAGAAGAAGAGGAGGUCCCCUUGCUCUGAGGAGGUCACAAUCAAGCGCUCUAAGAGAGACGGCUCUGUGAGGGUACAGCCUUGCAGUACUAUGAAAAACGAAGACUCCUUCACCAACAAAAGGUGUUUAACCUGGUUUAGUGAAUACACAGGAAAUGAUGAUGUUAUUGGUCCAGAAGGAAUGGAGAAGUUCUGUGAAGACAUUGGCGUGGAACCUGAAAAUAUAAUCAUGCUUGUGUUGGCAUGGAAGCUGGAGGCUCAGAACAUGGGUUUCUUCACCCGGCAGGAGUGGCUGAAAGGCAUGACCGCCCUGCAGUGUGACAGCUCAGAAAAGCUGCAGGGAAAGUUCGAGUACCUACGCUCGCUUCUCAAUGAUCCCGUGUCCUUCAAGCAGAUCUACAGAUAUGCCUUCGACUUCGCUAGGGACAAAGAUCAGCGAAGUUUGGACAUUGACACAGCCAAGUCCAUGUUGGCCCUGCUGCUGGGCAGAAUUUGGCCCCUCUUCUCCUCUUUCCAUCAGUUCCUGGAGCAAUCCAAAUACAAAGUGAUCAACAAGGAUCAAUGGUGCAAUGUCCUGGAGUUCAGCCGGACUAUUAAUGCAGACCUCGGAAACUAUGAUGAAGAUGGCGCAUGGCCAGUUCUCCUGGACGAGUUUGUAGACUGGCAGAAGCGAAAGCAGCCUUCGUAGGCAGCGUGAAGCCAAUCGCAGCCUCGUCCCCCAGCUCCUCUCCCAACAUCGGCGUCUCCCACCUCCAGGAGCCAAAACGCGUCACUUAAAUGGAAAUACUUCAGCCAUACACCUCAGCAGUUGUUUAACGCAUGCGGAGCACACACGUUAUACAGAGCUCAGAGACUUGAAAAUUCAACGUGAGUUCUCGCUAUCUAGUCCGUACAUCCGCCUCUCGCUAACUCGCCCACUCGCGUACGCACACACUGUUGUGAUCGCCUUGUGCAGUACACAUUUGUAUUGUAUUUCAGCAUUGUAUGCAUUUCAACAGACCCUGAGCAUUGCUUGUAUAUAUGACCGGUUUGUUUUGUACUGGAGUCUGGCAAAUGUUUUAUCAUUUGCAAGCAACUCACAAAACGGCUGUAUACCUGUGACAAAAGAAAACAUUUUUGAAAUUAUAAUAAAACAGUAGUAAUUAACUGACUGGCAACAUGCUUUUUGCAGCGUAUUUGUUUUUCCAUUCAUCCUGAACCAUUAUUUAGCAGUACAGUAUUGACAUUGAACACACUUUAGUGCUGUAUGGACAAUUAUGAAUUAAUGCAAUGACUAAUUGUUGGGAGGAGCACACAAAACUUGAGGAUUUGAGGUUUGUGGAUUAUUAUUAAAGCUACGUGUUAAAUACUUCAUCAGAACUUGAAGAGAAAAAAUAAAUGCCUCUUUUUUUCUUUAAAGAAAAUGUCAUUGCAAGAAAAUUUCAUUUUUCAUCACAUUUUUUUAAAUUUGUGUUUGUUAGUAAUUUUGGGAGGGGGGUGGGGGGUACGUUGGUGUUUGGAGCCAUGCUUAAAACGUCUUGUACAGAUAUGUCCAUGGAUUUACUUGUGGCCGUUUGUCGACUGUUGACAGGCCGCACAGAAUAACGUUAUUCUUUGACAAGUUCCUCAAGUCUGCAGUGUUCCUCUUGUUUAUAUGUUUAGCCAAAAAAAAAUGUUUAAAAGUGCAAAUGUGGGAGAAUGUGACACUUUUCUUCAAUACUUUAGACAGUUUCGUGUUCAUAGUCUCGAUGGCAAAGUUGCCAAGGCUUUGUAAACCACAAUGUUGGCAAUCUUAACAUCAAGAAAGAAAUAAAUUGUAUAAAAUGUGCUCUGUUAUUGGAUGUGUUUAUGUUCACCGGUACUGAACUCUAGAUAUGAGCCAUUCUCUCAAGCUGUGUUGUAUAUUUGUUCAUGAGCAACGAAAAAUUAACAACAGUGUUAAUACUUUUUUAAAAAUACUAUUAAAGAGUGGUGUAAAUAAAAAAACCCACCAAUAAUCUUUCGUGAAAACACUGAUGGAAAGUUUUUUUGUAAAGGAUAUGUUUGCAUGUUAACUCUCUCAGCCCCCUUUGACCUGCAAGGCCUCGAUGUGUUGCUUUUUCCACAUUACAUAUUCUGCUUUCUAAAUAAAUUGCCAACGUGUAACAGAUUAUAUACCAAGGAUGUAACAAUUCGUUGAUUAAAAUUUGAUUCUUACACUUACAAUACACGCACUGAUUUUUCAUACAGUGGUCAACGACACGCUCAGAACGUGGACGUUAGAACACCACUCCAGUGCCCAGCACUCGGAACUCUGCUCAUGAUUUGUGUUGCAUAUGCAUUAAUUAAAAAAGUACAUUUAGGCGUAGGGGGCUCCCUUCCACCCCCAAACCCACAUGGACUCCCCAUGGCCGAUUUCCAAAGUGUUUUCAAGUUCCCUGCUCGAUGUGACAAAUUUUAUUGAGUCCAGUCAGUGAAGUAGUGGCUGUAGCCCGCGAGUUUUUAGCAAUCGUGCCCUUGGCAUUUUGUGUUUUAGUUUGUUGUUCUUCCCCCUCACCUCCGAUUGGCACAGUUGGCUACGUACGGUGCGAAAGAAGUUCAUACAUUAAAAUCGAGCAGGUGGUGUGAAAAUACGUUGGGAAGGUAGCUAUAUCGUUUUUUGCGCUCCGCGGGUGCUUUUUGUUCAUAAAAGUUGGAGGGGCAUGAAAAACGAUUACACUAACAGUGACGUGGGUGAUGGCGGCGAGUUUGCGGAGGUGCGCAAAGUGUGAAUCGCAAGCUGAAUAUUGCGGUAUUAAGGCGUUUUGGCUUCCACUGCUUAGGCCACUAUCAUAGGAUGGAGGGGAGUGUGGUAGCCGCAGCGCCUUGGUCACUGAUGAUCGAGAAGAGAGAGCGCAAAGAGUGAAUGUAUGGCGGUUGAAAGAGGGUGCAGGCUAUGAUGGCGCAGUUGGGGGCUCUCCGUACGGUUCCAAAGGGAUCCACGGCACUUCAAGUGGUCCCCCCCGAGUCUGAGAAGGGGGCUCUCCAAUGGAGGUCCCCGGGAUGAGUUCUUGGCCCUUGUACUUGGAUGGGCACCCCGGUGUGAUCGACGCACCGCAGUGCGGGUGGAAAUCGAAAUCUGUUAUCUAUACUGGAGGAAUCCGAUGAGCUAUGGAUCUCUUUUUCACAUGUCCAGUAGGGGCGGGUCAGGAAAUUACAACAACAAUACAAAAACACGAUAGGAGUGCAAAGUAUAGGAAGGGUAAAUUAUACCCCAAAAAAAAACCCCUGGGAAACCGCUCCCGGGCUUGACCCAGUUGGCCCUGGUAGUGACGAGACGCUGAACUGCUGAAUCAUGGGAGAGACAGACGGACUAGAGCCAUCGGGUGAGACUGGUGAGAUGUGUCCAAGUGAUAUCCACCCCACACGUGGGCACCGCUAUACAGUGGGGGGGGGGAGCAACAACGCCUGAGGGGUGAGAGAUGUCUGCAGUGGUCAGAGACCGGUGAGGAGGGCCAGAAGGGCAGUCCUCGCAUGCAGACACGAGCUCGAAACCCUCCGUAAAUGAAAAAAAGUAUCCGUAGCUCAUCAGGUUCCUCCAGGGCUAAAGUUCUUGAUUCUGAACCACCCAGUCCAGUGGAUUCUUGCCAGGGUGAGUGGGGCAUCGAUGUGUAUUCUAAAUUAAUGCAUAGACAUAAAACAUGCAUUAGCCGAGUUUUUUGGCAACUGGAAUGGUGUUCUAAUGUCCACGUUCGGACCGUGUCAGUGACCACUUUUGAAAACUAGAUUUAACGUACGUACUCAAAUCUGGUAUUGUGUGUAAAAAUAAUAGUUUUAUGAAUGCGGUAUGUUCAUAGUUUAUAGAUCGCUAUAUCAAUCUAGAUGCUACUUUGCACCAGAAAGGAAAAACAUUCUGAAUCUGACCCUGAAUUGUAACGAUUCGUCAAAUCGCAUCCAAUUUUCUGCUCUGAUGUACAAACAAAAAAAAAGUCUCAAUGAAUUGACUCAGUUUAUUGACUCAAUUCAUUCAUUCAUGAAGGCUUUCACAGCUAUUGCUUCUUUCGUCUGUACCCUUGUACGCUGCGAUAUUUCCCCAUGAUACAGCAUUCGUUUUAUAGUCGUAGCGACGCACCACCGGUGGCAGCAUUUACCCAUUGACUCGCCCAAUUUGUUGUGACGAAGUGACUCCUUGCUCAAAAGAAUAAGGGACAGUGUGCGUCUAUCGUUUGCUGCCCUGAGCCAGUUGUGUAAACUCUCUUCCCAUGGUGGUUUCGGGGGGCAGGCAACUCCAUCGGGCUACCACUUAAUUUUCCACAAAGUGGUAUGUAUUUUAUCGACCCCAGCGUGUGGGCCCCCCACCGUUUGGUCGUGACCUUUUUGGGCGAACGGCCGAAGGGUUCAAGGCGCCUGGCGUUGUCGAGGCAUUCGAACGCAAGCCAGCGAUGGCAGCUGAAAGAAGCUAUGAAUGAAGGUCGUACAAACACAAAAAUACGCGUCGACGUCCAUACAAUGCUGACGGUUGUGGUUUUUCGGAAGCUUAGCACUUGUCAUUUAUCUGUGGAAAGUUACUAUUUUUGUUAAAAAUUUUCUUUGUUUUUUUUUUUAAACAAUAAAAACGGACAACAUUCAGCGAA